UGUGUACUUCUGAGGGUUCGACAAAUCACUGCGAUGCUACUUACUAAUGUUAUUAUUGUUACACGUCCGAGAUACAGGAAGUAUGGAAUUGGAUUGUGACGCGUGAAAGGUUAUUCAGCGGUAACGUGAUACUUACGAAUUGACUUAACAUCUCACAAGGUACAGUUAAAAUAACAUUGUGCAAUGUGUUCAGUCUGUAUAGCCCUCGUGUGUUUAAACGGUAUCAAAACAAUCGCAAGCUACUAGUCAAUUGCAGGAAAGUGUACGGAUUUUUGUUUAAUAGUAGGGGAAUGACGUUAAUCACAUUAUUUUAACAACGGGAAAUUAACGCUGGACAUAUUUAUUACUCAUAUGCCUACAAUACGUUUCGUUCUCGGAAAUAAUGACAUGGUUGCAACAUAGCCAACAUUCUUUUAUCGUACUCAUUAGCGUAAAACAAUACUGCAGUUUAGCUUCAGCAUUGAUUAUUGUUAAACAUUUUGUUAACCCUAAUGAAAUGCCUUUAUAACCUAAUAAUUUGUGAAUAAAUAAAUUAAUUUUUGUAUGAGCCAUGAACGUAGUUAUUUUUACUAUAUUACCACCAACAUAUCAGAUGUCAUGUGCCUGUGUUUGUAAGAUAAGGCUACAUAAAUGUAAGAUUUUUUUCUGAACUAAUUUAUUAUCUGAGUAUUUUAUAUAAGGGUUGUGGAAACAUUCAAACAUUGCAGCAUGAACUAUGCAAGGCAGUGGGACUACUUUGUGAGAAUUUUAAAAGAAACAAGCAGGAGGGUGAAGGCAGUUAUUGGUGUGAGGGGAACAUACGUAGAAAAAAUCAGGCAAUGCUUUUAUUCAUUUUCUGACUUUUAUUAUAUUCUGUAAAAUGGCACUGAAAAUGUAAAUGUAGUUCACUAAUAAUGUAAAUGCAGUUCACUGUUACAGAUGGGUUAGGUUAGGUUAGCUACAUUUCAAAUACUGUAAAAUUGUGUGAGCAGUCAAUGGUUAGGUUAGAUUAAUUAAAAAUACUGUAAUUAUGUUUUAAAUGUUCAUUACAUAUUGAAUAUAUUCAUUUUAUGCAUCUUGCCUAACUCUACCCACCUUUCACUUUGUAACAAUAACGUGUUUGAAAAACUUUCCUUGGAAAAUGUAGGUUGAAGAAAUCAAUCAAUCACGAAUGCUAUGAAAUAUGAACUAACAUUAAUGAACUCACCUCAACAAUUUACAACCACUUGCAACACCUCCGAGUUGCCAAUAUUGCAAAUAUUGAAUGCCAUAUUCAAUAUGCUGAGCUUCAUAUUUUUUAUUAACAUGCUGAAGGGAAGCAAUUCUGCCUGAGGUACGAAAUAAUACAAUUAAUUAUUUUGCCAUUUUUUUUAUAAUGAUCAGAAAAUAUGUGUGGGAGGUUUUCAUAUUUCCCCCCAGAUUCUCUCCUGAAGCGUGCACAGCAGUGGAACAGAGAUUAACGAGCAGGAGGUCGGAGUGAAGUGUGAUUGGCCAGGCCUUGGGGCGAGGCCUGUUGCAGGGUGAAGGUUGGCGACAGGCAUACUCUGGAGGGGAUGUGGAAUGUCCCCCCCCCCCCCCCCACUAAAUCCUGAAAAAUCUUUAAAAAUCUAUCAAUUCCAUCAACAAAAGGUUAGAAUUUGAAAGAAGCAAACACGAGACCAAAGUAGUUCCAUUGCUUCCUGAAAUAAGAUUGUGUGUACACUCGUGAUUUGCGAGCCUGUUCAAGGUGGUCGAAGGUUGGAGAACAGGGAGUUGAGACAUAGUCUGGGGGAAAUCGGAUCAAACUUGGGUACAACGUAGUAGAGGUGAAAGGGGUGUGGGAUUCGAGGAGCUUUGAGUCCAAAGUGAAAUCAGGCGAAACCACCACUUACGUUGAUAUCCAAUCGCUGGUUCAAGUUGCGUUGGAGUUGUGUUGUAAUGGUAAAAUAAAGCUUGGUCACACACAAUACUGUUCCAUACGGAUCACUAGUUGCCAGCCUGCAGUUAAGAAUUUUCAACUACCCUUCAUUCCUUGCCAAAAUUUUCUCCUCGACUAAGUCAUUGUUUCCUGACCACCUGUGCCAACAGUCCACACCUACUGAAGUGUAAGGUUUGUUUCUAUGAAUGACUGCAUUUCAGUGUCAAAUGAAAUGAUUAUUUUGCUGUCCUCAAUAUUUUCUGAUGAAUUAAAAUACCUUAAAAGGUCAGUUCAGCCAGGGUAAAAGUUAGUUAGUUCGGAAACAUGGCCAAGAUUCUAGUUAACCCGGUUGAUCCUUUACCAAUACAUAACUUCAAAUCUAACUUCAGAUGAUUAUAGGCUACAUUAUUUGGUUUCACUAAACAAUACAUGCACUAGAGCUGGACAUUGAGAUAACAAUAACAGUACUUAGUAUAAAAAUGUAUGCUGCAUGCAGUUUGUUUGAUGAGGUCUUGGAAAUGGUUUACAGGUUAUUUUAGCUUCAUAUGACACCUACAAUUUUUAAUAUUGAAAUAUGUUGUAAAAAGCAACAAUUAUUACUUCUUUUUAAAACUGCAACAUAGGAUAAACUAAUCAAACAUUAGGUAUGUACUUUAAAAUAUUUAGGAAAUAAUUUUGUUUUGGGAACGUUUUGUUCAACACAUGAUUGAUUAAACAGAGUAUAAGUGGCAACUCAACUCACAGAUCAUGUUUCCGUAAGUGCUUUAAGGCAAAUAUUUUUAAUUUGAAAUCAUGUCUUUUGAUAAAAUAUUUAUUUAUUAAUUUGGCAUUUAGCAAAUAAAUUUGAAAACACUAGUAAUUCAGUAAUUUGUUUGCUGAAAAAUUUCAAGUUAUUGGAAACAUUAGUCAACAUGUAUGGUUGUACAUAUGUGAUAUCAUUUUUGUGCAAGCUAUUUAUUGGCUUCAGACUUACCUAUUAUUGCUUUCUAGAGAAUGGAUGACUAUCGCAAAACUCCGUUGUUUACUCAUUAUUUUCACCUUACACACUUGCAGGUACCAAUAUGUUGUACAUUUGGGCCUUCCUUCCUUAUAGUCUGAUUGGUUCACUGCACCACACACUGUAGGCCCUACCACAUCCAUGAAUACGCAGAGAAAUAGUUUUACAACAAACAAAUACCUAAAUACCUGCACAUCCACCAACUGCGCAAAGUGUAACCAGGCCAUUUUUUUAACAGUUGCUGUUGUUCACAGUCGAGAAACAUGCCACGCAGGUUGUGCAACAGUUCACAUCACGUAACUGGUGGUUGGGAAAGCCAGCGUGAUAACAAUGCUCUUGACGGCAGGGUGAUAAACAAGAGUGCAAACAGCAGCGUGUGCCCUGUGCACACACAUUCCCGUCACGUGACGGCUAAUGGCGUUCCCUCACGCCGGGGCUAUCGACAAUGUGCAGGGAAGAAAGUGAGGCUUUCACGGCUGCGGGAGAUAUGGAGUGCCACGCUAUCAACUGCCUGAUAAGAUUAAGGGGGCUGUCGUCAUCGGAGACGGCUGGGACUGUCAAGGUUGCCAGGAUGACGGGCUCUCUUGUUGGGCUUUGAGACUGUUGUUUCGGGAUGAGAAGCGUGGUGCGGGCGUGACAGUUGCGGUGGUCGCGUGUGUUGCGAUGGAGGUCUGUGUUCUGUGUGCGCGGAGGCAGUGAGCUCUGAUGAUGGUGAUGAUGAUGAAGCGAUGGUGUCGUGCCCUGCUAGAGAUGCUGUGCGGCAAUGGGGACUCCAGGAAGGGGGACCCGAACGUGACCACGGUCAGCGUGGAGAACACCGAGACCUGGGAGGAGGAGAAGAAGUUCACCGUGUACAAAGUGGUUGUGAACUCGGACAGCCAGAGCUGGUUUGUGUUCCGUCGCUACAACGAGUUCUACAGGCUGUACGAGUCGCUCAAGAAGCAGGUGCCCCACCUGCACCUGAAGCUGCCCGGCAAGAAGCUGUUCGGCAACAACCUGGACCCGCUGUUCGUGCAGUCGCGGCGCGAGGGCCUCGACUGCUUCAUCCAGCAGCUCAUGACGGACAACCGCCUGGUGCACCUGCCGGAGGUGCGGGAGUUCUUCCAGCUGGACCGCCACAAGACCAGCUCGGAGGACGGCAGCGUGGACGAGGAGAGCGGUCCCGACAGCCACCCGGUCAACCUCGGCCCGUCCGAGCGCUCCCAGUGAGUCCACUACUAGCCUCAACUAGCCGACUCUCGCUACAGCGAUUAUUGGGACGGUCUCCGGGUAAAAGUGCGAAGCCGUGUGACUUUGAGUUCCUGCGUGUCAUCGGGAAGGGCAGCUUCGGCAAGGUGCUGCUGGCCAGACACAAGCUGGAGAAGAGGCACUACGCCGUCAAGGUGCUGAGCAAGCGGCUGGUGGUGAAGCGCAACGAGGCCAAGCACAUCAUGUCGGAGAGGAACGUGCUGCUGCGGAACCUGAACCACCCCUUCCUGGUCGGGCUGCACUACAGCUUCCAGACGCCCGACAAGCUCUACUUCGUGCUGGACUACGUCAACGGGGGAGAGUUGUUCUUCCACCUGCAACGGGAGCGGCAGUUCGCGGAGCCGCGCGCGCGCUUCUACACGGCGGAGAUGGCCGUGGCGCUGGGCUACCUGCACACGCACGGCAUCGUGUACCGCGACCUCAAGCCCGAGAACCUGCUGCUGGACGCCCAGGGACACGUCGUGCUGACCGACUUCGGCCUGUCCAAGGAGGGGCUGUUCCCCACCGACACCACGCACACCUUCUGCGGCACGCCCGAGUACCUGGCGCCCGAGGUGCUGCGCAAGGAGGGGAGCGUAGCCAGAAGGGGGUGCGUGCGACAGGGCUACGACACGUCGGUGGACUGGUGGUGCCUGGGGGCGGUGCUGUACGAGAUGCUGUACGGCCUGCCGCCCUUCUACUCCCAGAACACGGCCGAGAUGUACGACCGCAUCCUCAACAAGCCGCUCCGCCUGCGCCCCACCGUCUCGGAGAGUGCCCGCGACAUCCUGGCCAAGCUGCUGCAGAAGGACCGGCACAGGCGGCUCGGCUCCGGCUACGGGGACUUUGGUGAGGUGAAGCAGCACGACUUCUUCAAGCCCAUCUGCUGGGAGGACUUGCUGGCCAAGAAGAUAUCCCCGCCCUUCAACCCCAACGUGCAAAACCCACUGGACUUGCAGCACAUCGACCCGGCCUUCACGCUGGAGCCGGUGCCAUCGUCCGUCGGUCGCUCGCAGACCCACUCAACCUGUCUGCUGUCGGCCAGCGUUCGAGAGGCGGAUGAUGCCUUCGCCGGCUUCUCGUACGCACCUCCCAUCGAACUGUAGCUGGCGGCGGCACGCAACUGGCCUCGAGCAGUCGGCCAUGGAUCAAGAGCGAAUCCUGUUCCUAGAAUCUUCACAUUUCAUAAUCAUUCAUUUGUUUCACACUUUACCGUCCUUAAUGUUGUGUAUUAUGCUGGCAGAUUUUCUUUUGGAAUAAUGAUACAAUUUGAACAAUUACAUUCUUUUCUCCUCCAUAAUGUUGUGCUAAUGUGUGGGGGUCUAAGGCCUGGUCUCACUUGCAAUUCUCGUUUUGUCAUUACUAUUAUUAAGGACUAGUCCUGUUAAUCUAUCAGGAUGGAUUUUGCAUUUGUUGUUUGGUCACAAAUUUCCUCACCAGAUGUUUACUAGAACUUAUUUGCAAGUGAUAAUGACCAUAGAUGCAUGACUUUUUACCUCUGAUAUUUCUUUGUUAGUAUUUCAAGACCAAAGUGGUGAAAAAAUUUAAAUUGCAAGAGAGGUAUCAUAUUAAAUGACAGGAAUGUCCCUUGAAAAAUAGCAAUAGAAAUAUCAUAAUAAAAACCAUGGUGUGUGUGUGAUACCAGGCCUUAAGUUUCAAAAGAUUCUGUCUUGUUCUUAGUUUUCUUGGAAUGGGUGAUCGCUCUAGCCGUACCUUCCUCAGUCCAUGGCAAUGUCCUGUGGAUGGUGACUUAUUAUGUAUAUUCUCCAAAUGACAUGAUUUAAAACAAAUUAGGUAUUAAAUACUUAUUAUUUUUUUAUUUAAAUAAAAAUGUCAAGAAAUUUUUAUUCUGUACAGUUUGUGUCAACAUAACAUUUAUUUAAACAUAGAAGAAAAUGUUCAAACAAAACAGAAAAGUUAAUUUAAUACAGAAACAGACUUUUUUUGAACUUAUAAUUCUUUAGGCAUUCUAAGGGCUAAAUUUCAUAAUGCAAUGAAAUGUGUGUGCACCAUGCAAUGAAAUUUAACAGGAUGAAGUGAUGUUCAAAUGCAGGAUAUACAGGUGGGUUAUCAAAAUAAAUGAAAAAUAGAAACAAACAAAAUGGAAAAUGUAUUCUCUUAGUACUGAACUUACAGCUACAUGGAAAAUGUAUUCUCUUAGUACUGAACUUACAGCUACAUGGAAAAUGUAUUCUCUUAGUACUGAACUUACAGCUACAACUAACUAUUGACUGCUAAAACUAGCAAACAUAGUUUCUGCAAUUAGGUUUUCUUCUGCUUUAUUUAUACUUUAUUAGCCAAGAAAAUUGUGUUAGAACAUACAUGGCAUUUGUUUGCGCUCUUCCUGUUGAUGCAGACUAUAUGCUUUAUUUAGUCAUACCAAAAAGCUAUAACAUCUAACAUUCAUACAUAAAUGCAUUAACCCCCUCUCCCUCAGUUUUUUCUUCUUCUUAAAUUUCUAAGCAAAUAUUUGAAAACAUUCCAAACAGAAUGUGUAAUACAACAAUCUCCCUCCCCACACACUUGAAUUUUUUAGUGGAAAUAGUAGGCCUGAGUUUGUAUGUAAAUAAUGUUAAUUUUGUACAUAACUAUAGAAGUAGAACUUGCAGUGUAGUAAGGUAUUUUAUUUGUGUUAAUGUACAAAAAAAUAUCUGACCACUGCUGAAUUUAACUGAAACUACAGGCUCAGAAUCUUCAGUUAACACAUGCAGUGCACUCACUAAUGGCCUAAGCAUAAACAAUGAAUGAAAACAUGUUUUUUUUAAUUUCCCAGUACAUUUUUUAUGCCAAAGAUUGUUUUUUCUUUCAAAGUGAAGUAACGUGAACUGUCGUUUAUCUAAAACUUAAUGAUCCAUAUUUAGUAACAGCCCUGUGUUGCUGCACAUAAUGUAGCUGGAACAUUAUUUAUUUUUGAAGGGGAAAAACUUUUACGGUUGUAUAUGAGAACUUGGAAACUGAUGGCGUGGCAUGAUGCAAUUGGCUUGUAUAUCCAGGAGAAGUCUAUAAUUUGAUAGUUUAUUAUACCCUGCAUGCAGUACAGUAACUAAAAAAACUUAACACUUGUCCUGUUUACUGUGUUUUACCACGUAAUUGCCAUACUUGGUGUCUUGUUUAAUGCUGAAUAAAUAUUUGGUUGCACUUCUAAAUAUUAUCAAGGUAUAUAUUUUACAAAACAUCAUGUUUCAUCGCACAAUCGUCACACAUUUUAAUUGAAGCUGAUUUUUCAUGGCAAGAAAGCAAAUUACAUUUUAUUUAAAAAAAAUGGAGUGUACAAAAGCAUGCCAAAAAUAAACAUUCAACAAAAAAAAAAAA